AUGAACUUGGUCGCGAUGAACGAUAAGGAUGAGAUCUAUGAGGAUCCUGGGUCUACUAAGGUUGAUGAGAGCGAGGACACGGAUGAUACGGGAGCGAGUGUGGAGGCAGCAGUGAAGCAGGAAGAAGAGAUAGUCACCAUGGAGGCAGCAGCGGUGAAUGAUGGAGAUGGAGAUGGUGUCAACACUUUUGCAGCAGCGGUCGUGGUUAAAGAUGAAGCAGUAAAUGCGAAGUGUGUGGGAGUCGCUGUGAAUGGGGACAUCAUGGUGAAGGGAUCAAAGGCGAAUGCAACUGCAAAGGCUAGAGUGCUUACGAAAGAGGAACGCGUUGAGGGGUACGAGACCCGAGAGGUGUUGGGUGUUGAGAUGCCGAGGAGAAGCGAGAGGCUCAAGAAAACCUCUCAAGGUUUGGAUAUCAAGGCGCUCAACUUCAAGACACGUAAGCAAAGGUUCAAGGUGCAGGAGCUGCAGGGGAGCGUGAAGGAGAUGGCCAGCAAGCACCAUCCCCAUCUUGUGCGGCUGCUUGGAUACUGUAUGGAUAUGAACACGACCACAAGGCACAUAGAGCAGAUCCUGGUCUAUGAGUACAUGGUGAACAACGAUCUCGAGAGCUGGAUCGGACCGGGUGUCUCCCAUCCUCUUUCCCUGCGCCAACGACUGGACGUGCUGACUGGAGUGGCAAAAGGGCUGCAGUACCUUCAUGACUUUGGCAUCGUGCAUCGUGACAUCAAGCCCGCCAACAUCCUCCUCGAUGCAAAGAUGCAGGCCAAGAUUGCGGACUUUGGUCUUGUGAAGCCGAGUGGAGGCACCUGCAUGGGCACCUCAGUGGCGCCAUUGGUGGCAUCCAGCAACGUGGCAGCGUUCAAGGACCCUCACUUGAAUGCUCCAGACGACUUUGUGCUGCGCAUGGCCCGCCUUGCACUCGCCUGCACUGCCAUGCCCACUGCCUCCCGCCCCUCCAUGGCGCGAGUAUUGGGGGAUCUGCUGGCCAUGAAGGACGAGAUCUUGGGGGCUGAAGAACACAGAGCUGCAUGCCGAAUCGACAGAGAGAUCGGCAACUCAGCUGACCCGGUGGACUUUGAUGCCGAAAUGGCUCGUGUGGAACACAUGGAUGUGCAGGAUGGUUACUCUAGUGUGUAA